AUUAAUAAUAACAUAUAUAGAUCGAGAAGAAAAUUUAAACACACGAGCAACACAAUGCAUGCAUGUUCUAGAAAAACUAAAUUGUUGAAUGACGCGGAAACGUUUCUUUGCAUCAUAUGGAUCGGUCGGUCCACUGCUAUAGGCGUGAACUCCAUGCAUCGAAAUAUAUGGGAAUUAACUAACGCUGAACCUUCUGUCCUCUUACCUUAGUAAGUAUUGCCUGCUGGAUCAUCUCUAUCAUCUUAUAUAUAGGAGUAUAUAGCUAUCAUCAGAUCGACCGAUGAUUUCGAUAGUAAGUUGCAGCAGAGACAAGUCGCAAAUUAGACUCACUACAUAUAUACGUAUAUACUUGCGAACUCUGAUUAUAUUGUCGAUCCAGGAGCAACCGAGAUUAAUCCUCUCCUUAGAUUAGAUAUCAUAUAAUCACUGACAGUGCCAUGGCAUCGUCAGCUUCGUCGGUGUUCGCGGCCUUCGACAAGGACGGCGACGGCAAGGUGUCCGCGUCCGAGCUGCGGGGCUGCAUGGCGGCGGCGCUCGGGGAGGAGGUUUCCGAGGAGGAGGCGGCGGCGAUCCUCGCAACGGCCGACACCGACGGCGACGGCUUGCUGGACCACCACGAGUUCAUGAGGCUCUCUGCUGCUCAUCAGUUGCAGGAGCCAGCGGAGGAGAGCCUAAGGUGCCUGAGGGAGGCGUUCGACAUGUACGCGGAGGAGGAGGAGACGGCGGUGAUCACGCCGGCGAGCCUGCGGCGGAUGCUGAGGCGGCUGGGGUCAGAGCAUCAGCGGCUGGAGAUGGAGGAGUGCAGGGCCAUGAUCUGCAGGUUCGACCUCAACGGCGACGGCGUGCUCUCCUUUGACGAGUUCAGGGUCAUGAUGCUCAUGGCUUGACCUACGUUUUAUUUUGUUGCACUAUUUCUCAUUCAUUCAUUCUUUUGUUGUCAAUUAUUUAAUUAGUGCAGAUGACAGAUUGAUAGCUUGGUAAUUCCUCAUGUGUCCAUAUGAUGAUAGAUUCAUUCAAUUUUAUUGUUUUUUUA